GUGCAGGGUAAAAGGCUCCCUACCUCGGGGUGAUUGAGGUAAUUUGGAGUCCGCACAGAACCUUGGAGGACUGACUGGGUCAGAAUAUGAGCCCCUGGGGGAUCCAGGUGAGGGUGUUGUGAGGGGGGUGGUGCUCCAUUCCUCACUCCCCAGUCUGUCUCUCUCCCCAGUCUCCCUCCCUCCCUCUCUGUGCCUGGAUCCGGGACUGCAGCUUCUCUCUCUCACUGCUCGGCUCUAACUCACUGAAACUUACCCCCUCCUCCUCCUCCCCCCUUCCCCCCCCCCCCCCCCCUUCCCCUCCCUCCCUCUUCCACCCACACCCUCCCCACAUCUCCCUCCGAAGAGAAAUUGCUGGCAGAUCCACUCCGAGAUCCCAUCAGUAAAGUCCAGCUCCGCUCGCCCGGGAGUCCCACAGAAGCCAGCUCACCGCCAGCUGAUCCACUGCACGGCUAGCAUCCCGCGCAGGGCCGAGUGGACGCCGGCAGCUCGCCCGGGAAGGUUGGGCGAACGACUGCCGGAGCAUGGAGUCGCUGUCCCGGGUACAACUCGCUCUUUUCUUCUUCCUACUGUGUCCGGCCAACAUCAUCAGCCUCUGGUGGGCAGUGGGAAGUCCCCUGGUGAUGGACCCAAACAGUAUCUGCCGGAAAACCAAGCGGCUGGCGGGGAAGCAGGCUCAGCUGUGUCAGACUGAGCCGGAGAUCGUGAGUGAGGUGGCGAAAGGAGCCAGGCUGGGGGUGCGGGAGUGCCAGUUCCAGUUUCGAAACCGAAGGUGGAACUGUACCAUCCACAACAAGUACUUCCGGAAAAUCCUGCAGCAAGACAUCCGGGAGACGGCCUUUGUCUACGCCAUCACCUCGGCGGGUGUGACACACACCGUGACCCAGGCCUGUAGCAUGGGCGAGCUGCUACAGUGCGGCUGUGACAGGUCCCGCAACCACUCUCCUCCGCUGACGGGCGCGGGUACCAGGAUGGAGGGCACUGCCUGGGAGUGGGGAGGCUGCGGUGACGACGUGGACUUCGGCUACGAGAAGUCCAAGCAGUUCAUGGAUGCCAGGCGGAAGAAGGGCAAGAGCGACAUAAGGACGCUGGUGGACCUGCACAACAACGAGGCUGGAAGGCUGGCUGUGAAGAACUACAUGAGAACUGAGUGCAAAUGCCAUGGCCUAUCGGGUUCCUGCACCCUCCGGACGUGUUGGAAGAAAAUGCCCAAUCUGCGUGAAGUGGGCACCAGGCUCCUGGACCGCUUCAACGGUGCCUUCAAGGUGAUGGGAGGCAACAACGGCAAGAGCCUGAUCCCAGUCGGCCAGAACAUCAAGCCCCCCGACAAGCACGAUCUGGUCUACUCCGCCAACUCCCCCGACUUCUGCCUCCCCAACCGCAAGACUGGCUCACCAGGCACCCGGGGCAGGACCUGCAACAGCACGGCGCUGGACGUGAGCGGUUGUGACCUGCUCUGCUGUGGCAGGGGUUACCGGGAGCAGACGGUGGUGGUGGAGGAGAACUGCCUCUGCCGCUUUCACUGGUGCUGUGUGGUCCAAUGCAAGAAAUGCACCAUCCGCAGCCAGCUGAGUCUCUGCUUGUGACUGACCAGGCCCUGUGUUUGGACAGGGGCUGGGGCAUGGAGGGGGCACGGCGAUGCAGUUGCCGAAAACCCCCUUUGGCGACCCACACCUAGAAGACUUUAACCACGAGCCUUAAACCCUGCUCGGCUUCUACCCUGCCAGUUGGAGGCUACAGGAAAGCCAGCCCCACACACCUAGUUUACUACAACUGAGGCAAGACAGGGAGAAGAUCUUACCAAAGGAGUGGCCUGAGAACUCAAAGCUUGUUGCAAUUCUAUAACUGCAGUGAUGCGCAAACAACCUCAUUUCGAACUGGUGCGGGUGACGGAGGUGUGGGUUUUAAAUAAAUGUGUUGGGGUGGGGGAGGGAAGGCAUGAGAAGCUUUUGAGAAAGUGGACCCCCUGCGUCCCUUGUUCUCCCGCUGACUGAACAGCCUAAACAUUAACUUGUGAUCUCAAAGGCAAGAGGAGCGAUGAAAUCUGUCAUAAUAAGACCAGAAAGACAAAAAGCACAAGUGAUAUGCACAACACAUCCAUUUGAUAAGAAGCCCAAAACAUUUGCUUUUCUUUCUUAUGUGUGUUUGUGUGUGUGUGAGAAAGAGUAGGUGUGUGCUUGCGCACGCGCAU